UGACAUGUGUGAUUGUUUAGUUUUGUGUGUGCUGCUUUUACAGUUUAAGGAUACAGUUUAAGGAUUGUGUGCAGAAACAGAAUAAAUAAAAACAGAAAUAAACACAAGGCAGUCUGGAGUCAGAUGAUGAGUGUGGUGGCAGCCCUGUGCGUGAACAUGCUGACAGCCAGCCUGUUACUGAGGAUCUUCAUUCUUUCAAGUGCUCUGGCUGCUUGUCCGGAGGAUUCAGCUUUAUUCAUCAUUGCACCGCAGCAGAUGGAGGCGCUGAGUGGAUCUUGUCUCCAAAUCCCAUGUAACUUUAGAGAUAAACCAGAAAAUACUUUUAAUGGUAGAAGACCCUUUGGAGUGUGGAUUAAAAAUGAGUUUAGAUUUUUAAAUCCAAAAAAUGUGAUCUUCAACAGCAGUGGGGCAGUUAGCACCUAUCCAAUGAGUAUUACUGGGAACCUGAGUCAGAAAGACUGCACCACUCUGUUUUCUAACUUAACCACCACACACACAGACACGUACUUCUUCAGAGUAGAGAGCGAGUCAUUCAAGGCAACAGCUUACUGUGAUCAUCUUCAAAUAACAGUCAGAGAUUCUCCUUGGAGGCCCAGUAUUACAGUGUCAGGUGAUCUGAAGGAGAAGGAGUCUGUCACUAUAACCUGCUCAGCUUUCACCCCCUGUCCACACUCCCCCCCUGAACUCACCUGGACUCUCCAACAAGACUCUCACAGCAAAAUAGAGCAAAACAGAGACGGAAGCUUUACAACUAAAAUCCAGCAGAUCAUCACUCUGUCAGACACACACGAUGGACAGAAGAUCAGCUGCUCUGCCACAUAUCCUGUGAACCAAGGAGAAGACACCAAGACAGCAGAGACUGCAGAGACUCUCAGUGUUUCAUAUCCUCCCAGAGACACCUCACUGCUGAUCAGUCCCACUGAUCCAGUAUCAGUGGGCAGCACGGUGAGUUUAACCUGCCUCUGCAGGGCCAACCCGCCCGCUGACAGUUAUGUCUGGUUCAUGACCCAUGGUGAAAAGCUGGAAAUGAUCAAGGCUGACACGCAGGUUUACAGCUUUGAGGUGACCAAACUCGAUCGAGGCAGAUUGUACUUCUGCGGCUGCAGGAACCCUCUGGACACCCAGCUUUCAACAGGAAGUCAGCUGCUGUUUGAAGGUGAUGAACACUUGGGGAAAAGUGUUGGCGUCUACGCUGUAAUCAAGACAGUGGGAAUCAUAAUGCUUGUCAGCACACUGGUCAUCUUUGAGUGCUGGUUUAGAUCUAGAUGUCUCAGCAAACCAGAGGGACAUCAUGUGACGGUUACAGCAGUUUUGCAACCGCACAAACUGACUUUAAUUCACUUUCUUAAUCAUUUUCUUCUGAACAAACGGCCAGACUGCACAGGUCGCUGUGACUCUGCUAAAACAAAAUCAUUUCUCUGUAAAAUCGUCACUCUGGCUCAUUUGGAAACGGGUUUCUGUGCGCACACGCUGGCAGUCGGCAUGUUCCUGACUGUCCUCCUGGUUUCAGGUGCUUUGGCUGAUUGUCCUCGUCAACCAAACCUCUUCAUAACUGCACCAAAGACGAUGGAAGCACUGAGUGGAUCUUGUCUCCAAAUCCCGUGUAGCUUCACACUGAAAGAAGAACAGGAAUUUAUCAGCACAAGUAAAAUCUUUGGAGUGUGGAUUAAAAAUGAUUCUAGAUUUAACUAUAAACCAAACAAUGUGAUCUUCAACAGCAGUGGAGCAGUUAGCACCUAUCCAAUGAGUAUUACUGGGAACCUGAGUGAGAGAAAGUGCACCACUCUGUUUUCUAAUUUAACCACCACACACACAGACACAUACUUCUUCAGAGUAGAGAAAGAACCAUUCAAGGCGACAGCUUCAUGUGACCCUCUUCAAAUAACAGUCAGAGAUUCUCCUCAGAAGCCCAGUAUUACAGUGUCAGGUGAUCUGAAGGAGAAGGAGUCUGUCACUAUAACCUGCUCAGCUUUCACCCCCUGUCCCCACUCCCCCCCUGAACUCACCUGGACUCUCCAACAAGACUCUCACAGCAAAAUAGAGGAAAACAGAGACGGAAGCUUUACAGCUGAAAUCCAGCAGACCAUCACUCUGUCAGACACACACGAUGGACAGAAGAUCAGCUGCUCUGCCAGAUAUCCUGUCAGCCAAGGAGAAGACACCAAGACAGCAGUUAGAGACAUGACUCUGAAUGUUUCAUAUACCCCCAAACAAACCUCAGCAUCCAUCCAUCCAUCAGGUUUGGUGUCAGCAGGCAGCUGGGUGAACCUGACCUGCUCCAGCAGAGCCAAACCUCCAGUCAGCAGCUUCACCUGGUUCAAGAAUAGCACAGAUGGACCUGUGAGCGUAUCUGAAGGACAGAUUUACAGCUUCAAUGUAACAGAUGGAGGAGUUUAUUACUGUGUGGCCACUAAUGAUCUGGGUAAUCAGACAUCAGCAGAGAUCGAUCUUAAUAUUGCAGGAAGUGAACAGCCCUCACCAUUGUGGCCUGCUGUUGGAGGGAUCAUUGGGCUCAUCAUAUUCAUCUGUAUGAUUUUAAUUCUUUGGUGGCUGAAGUCAUCCAAACAAGGAGCUUCCCAUCAGACACAGAACGUGUCUGUGCAAGAAGCAGCCAGAACAGCCGAAAAUGAAGGCAUCCAUUAUGGAGAAAUUGUCUUCUCCAAGCAGAGACCAGGACCUUCUUUAAACUCUGUGCAGGGCGGCACGCAGCAGCAGGAUUUGGUGUAUUCACAGGUCAAAGUGGGCAAAACUGCAAACAGCUUAACUCAGACAGAGUGCAUCUACUCUCAAGUGCAGAAGAAAUGAGUGUGUGGAAGUGUGUUUGGUUGGACGGAUGUUGUUACACAGAAAUGUUCUCUUGUUCUACUUUUUAUCAGUUUGUGUGUAUUUUGUGGAUCAUAUUUAUCACACGUGUCAUUGUUUUUCAGUUCACCUCUUCCCCCAGCUGUCUCCACUUCCCUCACUAUCUCUUGUGUAUAUUAUCACUGUUUCUCUGCUCUGUGUCACGUUGUUGUCGCCUGCUCCAUCCGCUCUGUGCGCUCCCUCCAUGUUUCUCCCUGUUGAAGGUAGUUUUGUGUUUUGCGCUGCUAACGCCCGUCCGUCCAGCUCUGUUUAGGUUUUGUACUGUAGCUAAUGAAGCUGAAAACCAGAAACAACCUGCCUGCGAUGCAGUGUGUUUCAUGACAGUAUCAGAUAUGUAUUUUUUCUCUUUAAUAAAAGGCUUGGCACCUAAAA